AUGGCGGACAGCGAGUUCGCGCCCAAGUUCUCCCCCUUCUUCUCGUUUACAGCGAUGGGAGCCGCGUAUGGAACCGCAAAGGCUGGAAUUGCCAUUUCGGGUGUUGGAACAUUCAGGCCGGAUCUGAUCAUGAAGUCUUUGAUUCCCGUGAUCAUGUCCGGUAUUAUCGCGGUAUACGGGCUUGUUGUUGCCGUCGUUAUCCACGGUGACCUGGACCGGGACCAUAGUCAGGCUCUGUAUACGGGCUUCAUGCACCUUGGAGCGGGGUUGUCUGUUGGAUUUACCGGAUUAGCCGCUGGCUACGCCAUUGGAAUUAUUGGAGAUGCGGGCGUGCGCGCAUACAUGCAACAAUCCCGCGUUUACGUCGGAAUGAUUCUCAUUCUUAUCUUUGCGGAAGUGCUUGGGCUCUACGGCCUGAUUGUUGGUUUGAUUCUCAACUCGAAGUCCAGGGCUUGA